AUGCUUAUCAGAGCUUGGAUUUUAUCAGGAUUUGCCUCUAUUCCUCUUUUUUUGCUCUUAACCACCAUAUCAUCCACAUAUGCUUCGACUGUUUUGAUUACCAGGUGGCAGUACCUCUGGACUUUAAUUACCAGUUUUGAUUUUGAGGAUAACAUUUCGAAUGAAAGCGAUCAUGCUUGCAUAGCACAUUUCGUGUUAACUAGUUGCUCCUCAAAACUGAUUAAUAGGUUCUCUUUGGCUACGAAUAGUUAUGUUUGUGAUCAGUGCAUUGAUGCAUGCGUGAGUGAACUGAUUAGGUGCAAAGCUCAUGAACUUAGACUGGAGGGAUCACUUGCUACUCACAGUAUCUUCACAUGCAAAACCUUGACUGCUUUGGACCUCAAGUCUAAUAUUAUACUAUUAGAUACAGAGGAUAUUCCUCCUUUUGAUCUUCCAAAUCUGAAAAAACUUCGUACUCAUCUUUUCUAUCCUUCAAGUGACCUCUCAGAAAAGCUUUUCUCUAGUUGUCCAGUACUAGAGGAUUUAACGAUAGAGGGAACUGUAAGAAGUGAAACUAAAUUCAAUCUUUCCUGUCCACUUUUGAAGAGAAUGAAGAUACAGUUACAAGCAUGGGAUUUCGAGGGGCUGAAAUAUAAAUUUGUAAUCAAUGCCCCGAACCUCAAAUACCUGGAGCUUAUUGAUAUGUUUAAAGCAGAAUAUGUUGUGGACAAUCUGACAUCUGUGGUUGAAGCAAAACUGAAAAUGAGACAGGGGGCUGCAGAUGAAAUAUUUGGCAACCUUGCAGCUGAGCUUCUCUGGGCUUUUCGCAACUUGCAAUCCUUAUCGAUGAACGAAGAUUGCUUUGCUGUACUUAAUGAUCCUGGACGAGGUGAGCUACCUACUUUCAACGAUAUGAAACGCCUGGAGCUGUUUUUUAAUGAUCACUGUGAUCAGGAAAUGAUAGCUCCUCUCAUAAAUGUAUGCCCAAAUCUAGAAUAUAUCUCAUAUUAUUGAGGUGGAGUAGUUAUGAAAAGUUAUAGCUAUUUUCAUUUGAAGUUUUGGAAAGUUUUAAUAUUUCUUUUAACAUGUCUCAAGUAAGCGAGUCUUCCAGGUUAUGUUGCUGAACAAUCCAGUCUGCUGGGACGUUUUUAACCGAAAUCAACUGGGAUGUUCAUAACAAACAUAACCAGAAAUAGUGUGGGAAUUCUUGUAUCCCUAGUUGAAGAUAUUGAGCUGGAUGGGUUAAAUGGGAACACAUAUGAAAUGGAAAUUGUGAUGAUGUCAAUAAAUGUUGCUUGUAUUUAAGAACAUCAAUGACUUUCCUUAUGCUUAGUUCAAAUUCAGGUGCUGCUUGUUUUCUAUGGUAAAAGCAUACACUGGGGAUACUGGUUUUUAUAGAUAGUUAACAGUGUGGUCAUUUAAAAAAGGGAUUUUAUUUUAUUUUUCUUACAUUCUAUAUUAUGCAUAGAUGUGUGAAAUGAUACCGGCAAAUUUCUUCAGUGAAUUGUCUCCUGUAACUUAAGUUUGAUAUAGUUAUGCUUUUACUUUGGAUUGAGUGUUGAACACACACACACACAUAUUACCAUCAUGUGUUAAAGUUUCUCUUUUCAAAUUUGGUACAAUUGUACUUCCACUCUAAAUGGAGCGGUGUAUAUGUAAGGUUGGCAUUGGGUAAAUAGUUGCUUGCUUUUGCAUCAUAUAUGGGCAAUAAAUGCAUCAUAUGCAUUAGCAAACCAUGUUGCAUGUUGUGCAUUUUAUGCAAAUUUCUUUGAUUAAUAUUGUUGUUUCUUGCUCCGGUCAUGUCUUUAUGCCAAAAUGCAUGUGACUUGCUCUGAUGCACAGACUCUUUAGAAUGGUUGAAGUAUUUGUGUUGGACACGACACGGGUACGAAU